AUGUUUGCGCUUCCGCUGAGCCGCACUUGUUGCUGUGUUCGCGUUGGACGCGCGACUCCUCUGAGGCACUUGACGAAGCCUCGUGGGUAUGUUGCAGGGAACACGUUUGCCUCAACUGUCCAUAGGGAAAGUUUGGCUCAUCUGCCGAGAGCCCGGGCACAGUGCAGGAAACAUUGCUCCUCUGCAGGGCUCUUGUACGCCCGUGCAGAAGAGCCGAAGAAGGCCUCACGGCCUGAGACCGGCACUGCGGGUGCCCUGCCCCCAGCGGCGCGGAAACUCCCACCGGAUGUCGUCGAAGAGGUGGUGACAGAACAGCGUGUCCGCUUCGCUGAGCAAGUGGGUUCUCGGAAAAUGGCCAUUGCCUUUACGUGUGCGCGCUGUGAAACCCGAAUUCGCAAACGUUUUAGCCGACAAGCGUACUGCCAUGGAAUCGUGAUCAUAACUUGUCCGGGUUGCCAAGUCCGGCACCUCAUUGCGGAUAAUAUCGGUUGGUUCAAGGACGUGCCGCGGUCACCGGGGCGCGCGGGGUACCACAUCGAUGACUUUGCCCAAGUGGAACGUGUUUCUGCGGAAGUAUUCGAACUCGAAGAGUCAUUCUCACGUUCCGAGGAAACAACGCACGAAGCGCUGCCCGAUGAUUGA